GCAGCAGUGGCGGCGGCGGCGGCUGCCACCUCCAUGCAGGGCAAGUUCAGUGCUUCCAGCAUUCUGCCAGGUUCAAGCGGCAGCGGAAAAGGACUGGUAUCUUUUCCCAGGCUUUAAUGCACUUCCGAGGUUAGCAUGCUCCAUGCCUUGCAUGACAGCAGGACGUUUUAGAAAGGCAGAGUGGAAGCCUGUUCAGAAAUGGCAAACUUGACUGACAGUGACUGCAUUUGAGGAACCAGGACACUUUCUACACCAGACAGUCUGAAGGUUUGGGGACAAAGCAAAGUGCCUGGACUGCAAAAGAACAAGUAAAAAGCCAGCCUGUCUCUGCUGAAGACCUCACUUUGGGCUCUUAGGAAAGGUGUAAAGCAGUACAAGCCCUGGAGGAGGAGUUUGACUGUCCAAACUGGAGGAGAAGCAGGUGGUGAAACUUUGCAGACAACAGGAAGCACUGCGUUGGCCCCAUCUCCGUUGCUCAAGAAACAGGCACAGACCUGGCCCAGGCCAAGCAGUGGGUAAGCAGGAGAUUGGUGGAACCUGGCUUUAGCCAUGGACUUGGCAUUGCUCAGCCUUUUGCAAACAAAAUGCUGCAGGGGUUUAGCCUCAGCUUAGCCUCACUUAGCCUUCAUAGAGAGUUUCUGUGGUGAACCCUAGAAUGGAGCACUCUGGACACCUCAACAAUCCAGGCCAGAUGGACGUAAGAGCUGACGAUGGAACAGGCGAAUUCAGCUGUGACCAUGGAGAUGGCUUGGGAGGGGCUCAAGCCCUGCUUGCACCUUCUGAAGUCUUCGGGGUCCCUUCUUUCUUAUGCCCAGAAGAUGUAAAUUCCUUACAGGAUGGGUUGGAAGGCUUUGGCAACAGGACAGGAAUGCUAUCCGAGAAAACCCUUUCAGCGUUAGCUCAGGCUCAGACUACACUUUUGAGCACUGACAUGGGUCCUCUUGGUUUGGAGAGACUGAAGUUUUCUGAGAAGCUGGUGGAGCCUCUGAAAGAAGAACUUGAGUGGCCAGAAAGCCUAAAAAAUCAGGACAAAAGUAGGAAUGAUGCUACCCAGACACUCUUCUGGGCCAGUAUCCUCCAAGCUCAGAUGUGUGUUUUGGACCUUCAAGGGGAGAUUGACAGGCAGAAGGAGCCAUUGAAAAUUUCCUCCCUGAAUUCUGAGACAGUGCCAGUGACAACCAUAUCACAGGACCUGGCAGUCUCCCAUGAGCCUCAGCUCCUGGACAGCGACAGUGAGGAAGAGGCAGAGAGCUUGGAGAGGCAGGAAGAAAAUGCAGGUUCAUCAGAGGAGGAGGACGAAGAAUAUGUAUUUUACAACAACCCCCUCUUUCAGGACUGUCCGCACCCAGCAAGAACUGUCAGCUCUGAAGGGCUGACCUUGUGUAGCCAUCCAGAGGGAAAGGCUGCCGCAGAAGAUGAUGUGAGAAUCCUUGACAGUGGUCUGGUCUCUCAGGGCUGUGGUGAAGACUGGUUUUCUCAAAGAGGUGUGACAACAAGCCCUGUAGCCCUGGGUGCUAGCGAUGACCUGCCGGCAGGUCCUUUCCCAAGCUACACGCCCCACUACCGCUCUGUCUCGCCCUUGAUGAUCACUGAAGGGGAUAUGGAGGACGCCUACCCUUCAGCAGAGCUCGAGGAGGUCCAGUGCUGCUUCCCGGACCAGCUGGCCUGCAGACCACCCAGAGACUUUCUGAGCAGCAAGACCCCAGAGGAAUCCUGCCUCAAGCAGCAGUCUGUCUUCCAGAAGCAUCACAUGACAUCCCUGGCACCCUCCCAUCCUCCCCAAGAGCAAUGGAGCUUUCUAGGGUGCAGCAGGAGUGCCUGGGGCACUGGAGGCUCACCUAGUGGGUUCCGUUCAUGUCCAGAUGCCUCCCCUCCCCUUUCUGGUGCAGGCAACUCUGCAGCCUCGCUGUCAGCAUCAGGCCUGCUGUUCUCGAGCUCCAGCACUUCCCUCCUGUCUGCUUUGCUGCAUGAGCCUCAUGAAACCAACCUUUCUCACCAGCCUCUGUCUGCUGCUGACAUUAGCAAAACACCUUGCAGCUCCCAGCUCAUCUCAGCCCCUGCUGCAGAGCAGAGUCUGUGGCAGGAAAAAUUACGACCACAAGUCCCAGCAUCCUGUGGCCACCCAUCGCUUUCCUGCGCAUGGGUAGAGGAGCCCGAAAAGACUUCCUUUCUGCAGGAGGAAGUCACGCCACCAGCCUUGCACUCAGUCUCUCUCGGUGGUGUAGACAGGAAGCUGGUACAGUCAGCCGAGGGGAUCAAGAUGGUGGACUUGCCCCCCAUACAUCAUGAUGAAACCUUGGAAGAUGGCGAGGAGGAGCAGACGGAGCCUCCCACGUGCUGCCCUGAAGAGCUUUCUGAGGAGCCUCAUGGAACAGAGGAGACUCUGCGAGCCACGCAUGCGAUGGAGCCAGAUGGCAUGCCCUUGGCCAAUGGCACUUCUGGAGACCAGGCAGCGGCACUGAGGCUGGCCGGCCGUCUCUACCACCUAGAUGGGAUCAAGAAGUCACAGGUGGCCGCCUUCCUCCAAAAGAACAAUUACUUCAGUCAGUUGGUAGCUGAGGCAUACCUCUCCUUCUUCCAGUUCAGCAGACAGACUCUGGACCAGGCCUUGAGGUUGUUCCUGGAGGCUUUUGUGCUCACUGGGGAGACCCAGGAACGUGAGCGGAUCCUCAGGCACUUUUCCCAACGCUACUGCUGUUGCAAUCCCGAGGCCUUCCUUAGCCCAGAUGCCGUGCACACCCUGACCUGUGCCAUCAUGCUGCUCAACACAGACCUGCAUGGGCAGAAUAUUGGCCGGAGCAUGACCUGUCAGGACUUCCUGGCCAACCUCGAUGGCCUGAACGAUGGCAAGAACUUCCCCAAGGAGCUCUUGAAGGCGCUGUAUUACUCAAUCCGCCACAAGAAACUGGAAUGGGCUGAGGAUGAUGAAGAGCCGGCGAGUGGCAAGAUGCUGCAGCCCUCUGCAUCCAGUGGCAGCUUGUCCAGCCAGAAGAAAACCAACCCUUUCCUGAGCCUGCUGCAUGACCCCGAUGCGCAAGUGUAUCGGCAGGGCCCCCUCACUCGCAAGGUGCAUGCUGAGGCUGAUGGCAAAAAGACACCCUGGGGCAGGAGAAGCUGGAAGAUGUUCCACACGGUUCUCAAGGGGAUGGUGCUCUACUUCUUCAAGGAUGAGAGCCAGUUGGACGCCUUGAGCUCGGAGGAGCCCAUUGGGGUGCAUCAUGCCCUGGCGGAGAAGGCCUGUCAAUACACCAAGCGGCCGCAUGUCUUCCGGCUUCAAACAGCAGAUUGGCGCGUCUUCCUCUUCCAAGCCCCCACCUCGGAGGAAAUGAGCUCGUGGAUUUCCCGUAUCAACCUUGUGGCUGCCAUGUUCUCCUCUCCACCCUUCCCAGCAGCUGUCAGCUCCCAGCGGAGAUUCAUCCGGCCAGUCCUCCCGACGGCACCAUGCAGGCACUCUCUAGAGGACCAGCACCUGGCUCACGAGAACCGUGUGGACAAGGUAUCAGAUGAGCUCCUGGAGCAUCAGAGAAAUCUCCCAGACAAGCGUGGCCGCAGCCGGGACCUGGAGGAGUAUCAGCUCAAGAAAGAGUACUUGCUUUAUGAGAAGCGCCGGUACGAGACUUACGUGAGGCUCCUGGAGGUGAAGAUCAGCAGCGCCACAGAGGACCUGGACCAAUGGGAAGCGCAGCUGGGAGAAGCUGCAGAGAGCUGCCCCGGCCUGCAGAAGUCUCACUCCAGCCCCUCCCUGAACGUGGAGGGCCUGCCUGCUGGUGUCAAGGUGAAACGGAACAUCUCUGAGCGCAGGACAGUUCGCAAAAUCAUCCCCAGGCGCAACAAGCACCUGCUGUGACCACCCGCAGCACUUCCUCCUCGGGACCCUCAACCCACCCUCUCUGGGCUGGCGGGCAGUGAAUGCUGCUCUUCUGAGAGGUGGAACUUUGGCACUUGCAGUGCGUGGACACCAGGUGUCGCCACAUUCCAGGGAACAGGCUCUAGAGCUGCUGGUGGGAGGAUAGCCCUUCUUGAUCCAACUGCAGAGGCCAGAUGUCACAACUGGACUGUGUAUGUACGGGACUUCCCAUGCUUUUGCAGCACUGGGCCUUAGCCGGAUUAGCCUCCAGUUCCGAGACUCAGGGAAAGCGUCUGGCACUGGGUUCAGUCUCUCCCAGCCUUCCGAUUGCUAGUCUUUGCAAUUGUAGCUGGCAUCUUUGUGCAAUAAAUGGAGAUCAGGCUUGGACUGCA